AUUAAAAUUUGAUCAGAUAAAAAAUGAGUGAGAAGAAUAUUUUUGGGUUCUAUUUUAAAAAAGGUCAGGUAUGGUAAGUAAAUGACGGAAAGUGGAAACUACACACAGAGGUUAGACCUUAGAAGAUUCGUUGAAGUAAUAAUUACGGAGUACUAACAUUUGGGCACGAAAUGAAGAGACUUCAAGGUGUGAUUUAUGGUGGAUGUGGUGGGUCAUCCGGGUCGGGUCAGCUACAAAUGGGAUUUGUUGGUAAAUGUCAGUAGGUGCCCCACUGCCCAGGGUUGGGGCUGUGGUUUGCAUUGACCCGGAAGUGAAUACACUGAGGUAUUGAAUUGGAGCUUCAGCUGGUUUAGGUCACCGGAAAAGCUUGAUCAUCAAUCAAGCACACAUGCAUGUCUGUGAUGGGGACUGAACUAGUUAGCCAUUGUGUCAAGGAAGAAACUAUAGAUAUGUCGACAAUUCCGCCUGGAUUUGAAUCACUUGCAUCCUUCACCUUGGAAAAAACCAAAGAUAGCAAAAACAAAACUAGUUUCUCCACCACUUCAAGUGAAUUGCAAUUACAGAGAGCUAAGGUGGAAACAGAUUUCAAGUGCCCGGAGGAUGCAAAUUUGAAGUCUGUAAGGCGUAGGUCUCAAGUUGAGAACAGCUCAGAAGAUGAAUCUGAGUGUGAUCAGAAAGUCCUCAAAAGGCCCCAGCUCCCAAAAGGGGUUAUCCGUGGAUGCGAAGAUUGUGUCAAUUGCCAAAAGGUGGUUGCACAAUGCCGUCCAGAAGAAGCACGCAGGCCUGAUCUUCAGAAUGCUCCAGUGUUCUAUCCGACUGAAGAGGAAUUUCAAGAUACUCUAAAAUAUAUUGCAAGUAUACGUCCAAAAGCUGAAGCACAUGGAAUUUGCCGCAUUGUACCUCCUGCUUCGUGGAAACCUCCGUGUCCCCUCAAAGAAAAGAGUAUAUGGGAAAAAUCCAAAUUUAAUACUCGAAUACAGAGGAUAGACAAACUUCAGAAACGAGACUCAAUAACUAAAACAUCGAAGCUUAAUUUUCAUAAGAAAAAGAAAAGGAAAAGAUGCACCAAGGCAGGGCCGGAUCAAAACAGUGCCAGUUGUGAUGUCAAGGUUCCUGGUGAAGCUGCAAGUUUUCACUCUGAGUGGUUUGGGUUUGAACCUGGCCCAGAGUUUACUCUGGAUUCAUUUCAGAAAUAUGCCGAUGAUUUCAAGGCCCAGUACUUCAGAAAUCAUGAAGGGCGUUGUGAGCCCUCAGUGGAAAAUAUUGAAGGUGAAUAUUGGCGGAUGGUUGAGAAACCCACUGAAGAAAUAGAGGUGCUUUAUGGGGCUGACUUGGAAACAGGAACAUUUGGUAGUGGGUUUCCUAAAAGUUCCCAUCAAGUAGGGUCCGCUCCUGACAUGAAAUACAUAAGUUCCGGGUGGAACUUAAAUAACUUUCCAAGACUUCCAGGCUCACUUCUUUCAUAUGAAAGCAGUGAUAUAUCUGGUGUUUUGGUACCUUGGCUGUAUAUUGGAAUGUGCUUUUCUUCUUUCUGCUGGCAUGUUGAAGAUCACCAUCUAUACUCACUGAAUUACAUGCAUUGGGGAGCUCCAAAAUUGUGGUAUGGUAUUCCUGGGGCAGAUGCCAUUAAGUUGGAAGCUGCUAUGAGGAAACACUUGCCUGACCUCUUUGAUGAGCAGCCAGACUUGCUUCAUAAGCUGGUCACACAACUUUCGCCCUCCAUACUAAAGUCCGAAGGAGUGCCUGUUUACCGAUGUGUUCAAAAAAAGGGGGAGUUUGUUCUGACCUUCCCCCGAGCAUACCAUGCAGGCUUCAAUUGCGGCUUCAAUUGUGCCGAAGCAGUAAAUGUAGCUCCAGUUGACUGGUUGCCUCAUGGACAAAAUGCUAUUGAGCUCUAUUCUGGUCAAGGCAGGAAGACUUCUAUUUCCCAUGACAAACUAUUACUUGGGGCUGCCCGUGAUGCAGUAAAAGCACAUUGGGAACUUAGUUUACUGAAGAAGAAUACGUCAGAUAAUUUAAGAUGGAGAGAUGUGUGUGGGAAAGAUGGGAUUUUGUCCAAGGCAUUGAAGACGCGUAUUGAAAUGGAACGGGUAAGGAGGGAGUUUCUUUGCAAAACCUCACAAGCCUUAAAAAUGGAGAGCAGUUUUGAUUCUACUAGUGAGAGAGAAUGCAGUGUAUGCUUUUUUGAUCUGCAUCUUUCUGCAACAGGGUGUCACAACUGCUCACCGGAUAAAUAUGCAUGCUUGAACCAUGCCAAACUACUCUGUUCUUGUUCUUGGGGUGCUAAAUUUUUUCUUUUUCGUUAUGAAAUCUCCGAGUUAAACAUAUUAGUUGAUGCUUUGGAAGGGAAGCUAAGUGCAGUAUACCGUUGGGCAAGACUAGAUCUGGGAUUGUCUUUGAGUUCGUACGUGGCCAAAGAGCCUAAAGUCACUGGGCUUGUUGAUACACUAUCUUCCAAAUCCACAGCUCUGGUAGUACCAAAUGAGGCAAAUCAGAGACUGUCCACUGAAUCCCUAAAAGAGGAGAGAGAUGAAACGCAAAAAGGGACUCCCUCUUUGGAUUCAUUUACUGUAAAAGACAAGCCAUCUUCACAUAGUUCAACUCUGGUGGCUAAGGUAGACCAAAAAGAAGGAUCAGAAAAGUUGGUUUCUGAUAGAAAAACUCCCAAUUGUGAGCUGUCUCAAGUGGGUAAGUGUAUAGGCAAACUUGUAAUAAAGAAGGCUCCCAAUCCUGGCGAUGAUAUCAUACUUAUCAGUAAUGACGACGAACACGAGCUUAAGAUAAAUCACGGGAGAGUGAAGGAUUCUCCUGAAAAGCAUAGAGUCUGCCCAAGCAAUGGUGUUAAUUUGGGCUGUAUGAAGUCUGAUAAUGCUCAAUCUGAAACGCUUAAAAAACCCACUCUGGUUAACCAUUUUUCACACGUAGUUACGUCUUCAGACGAAGAUGUUAAUAAGCAAAAUGGAAAUUGUAUUGUAAAAAAUGUAGAUGGCCAUUCCCAACAGAAGCUGCCAAGUGAGAAUCACUCCAAUAAUGAAGAUGUGUUUAAAAAAAUAGAUGUAGAUGACAAUUCAAGACCAGUGGAUGGUGCCCAUAGUUUGUCUCCUUUUUCACAAAGUAAUUUGGACAGAUAUUUUCGGCAAAAGGGUCCCCGCAUUGCUAAAGUGGUGAGGAGAAUCAAUUGCAAUGUCGAGGUACUGAACUAUGGAGUUGUCCAUAAUGGAAACUUAUGGUGCGAUAGUCGGGCAAUAUACCCCAGUGGAUUUAGGAGCCGUGUCAGAUACAUUGAUGUUUUAGAUCCAUCAAGCACGUGCUAUUAUGUUUCUGAGAUUCUAGAUGCAGGACGAGAUGGGCCUUUGUUUAUGGUUUCAUUGGAGCAUUGCAAAAGUGAAGUUUUUAUCCAUGUAUCGGCUGUCAGAUGUUGGGAACUGGUUAGGGAGAGAGUGAAUCAAGAGAUCAGUAAGCAGCAUAAGUUGGGAAGGGCGAAGCUUCCUCCACUGCAGCCACCUGGGAGUCUUGAUGGCAUGGAGAUGUUUGGCUUUUCCACACCAGCAAUUGUGCAGGCGAUUCAAGCUAUGGACCAAAGCCGAGUAGCUUCGGAGUAUUGGAAAUCAAGACCACUAAUGCAGUUUCCCCAGUUCUCUCCAUCUCGAAUCAAAUCAAAACCCAAAACAGAGGAGGGUAUUGAUGACCGGGAAGCUGGCAAAUACGAGACAAUACUCAACAGCUUGUUUAAGAAGGCCAACUCUGAAGAACUUCAAGCACUGUAUAGGGUACUAAGUAGCAACACCUCCUCAGAUGAUCAAUCCUUAGUGGGUCAGCGUCUUGGCGAGGAGAUUCACAGGCGAGGUAAAUAGUACUUUUCUUUUUUCUUCUAACGACGACUUUGUAGCUCUGUAAAUUCUGUUGUCUCCCCUUUUAGGUCUGAUACGAACGGAUCAUCAAUACUGAUUUUGUGUUUCCUUAUAGAUCUGUUCAUGGCUUGUAGAGUAGAGUUAGGUUCCAUUAAAUCUCUUGAGUUUAUGCUUUCACAUUGUUUCAAAUUCAUACCUUAUCACAUUGUUUCUUUUUUCUUUUUUUAACCUGUAGAAACUCAUUAACUUUACACCCCUUCAAUGUAAUGAAACUAUAAGAUUAUU